AUGAGGGACCACUUGCCAUUGUUUAAUGGGCAAGUGGCAAAGGCAUGGGCUGUCAGGAGACAUCCUCAGUGGGGUAUGAGCUGGGCACGUGGGGAAGGCACGGGCUGUCAGGAGACCUGGGGUAGUGGCUUGGCUAGCACAUAUUGCUCGGAUGGAGUUGCUCCAAGGGCUAAAAUGAAUCAACAACGUGCCAGGCGUUUCAAGUCUGCCAAGGACAAGGGAUUAGCUGAUGCUGAAGAAGAGAAGCUGAGAAGACAGUUUGAAUUGGAAGGCAAACAAGUGUUACCAAAAAAGGAAAACGAAGUCUCAGAUUCAAAUAUAAUCACCCCUGGAACUGAUUUUAUGUACAAAUUGUCGAAUGCUCUUCGCAGCUAUAUUAGUUUAUGUUUGAGCAAUGAUUCAGGCUGGAGGGACAUCAAGGUGAUUCUUUCUGAUGCCAAUGUUCCUGGAGAAGGGGAACACAAAAUAAUGUCUUUCAUACGCCAGCAGCGUAAUUUUCCUUCGUAUGAUCCAAACACCCGCCAUUGCUUGUAUGGAUUGGAUGCAGAUUUGAUAAUGUUGGCUUUGGCGACACAUGAAGUUCAUUUUUCCAUAUUGAGAGAGGAUGUUCUAAACCAGGAGCAGUAUCACGCAAACUGUCAAUCUGUUCGAGAAAUGACUUCGUCUUUCUGUAAACUUCUGCAUGUUUGGAUUUUGAGGGAAUAUUUGGAGCUUCAUAUGCAAAUCAAUGAUCCUCCUGAGAAUUUCAAGUUUGAUCUUGAGCGUAUAAUUGAUGAUUUUAUAUUUAUGUGCUUUUUUGCUGGAAAUGAUUUUCUGCCCCACAUGCCAACUUUGGAAAUUCAUGAGGGUGCAAUUGACUUGCUGAUGACUGUCUAUAAGAAGGAAUUCAAAAAUCUCGGUGGUUAUAUGGUUGAUAUGCUCCGGGUCAAUGACAAGAAAUCAGGAUACAUCAAACUAUCCAGGGUUGAGAAAUUUAUUCUUCUUGUUGGUGCUUAUGAAGAUAAAAUUUUCAAGAAAAGAUCAGAACUACGUGAGCGUAAACUCAGACGUCUUUUCCUUAAUAAAGAUUUUCUAGAGGAUGAAAUUGAUGCUGGAAGUUCAACUACUGAUUCAAGCAGUACUUGUGCAUUGCCUAAUGGAGAAGAAUCCGAAGCUCUGUCACUUGGGACGUUUGAAAAUUUACAUUCUCAAAUAAUAGGAAAUACAAAGGAGUUUAAGCAGAAACUGAAAGAUAGCAUCAGAAGGAAAUCCGAUCUUUUUAAGAAUGGUGAUUUAGGGACGGACAAA